AUGAGACCAGGUCUGUUGGGAACACAUACUGCUUUCAUGGAGCAUUUUGCCGUCCCAAUCACUCAAGGUGGUUAUGCAAAUGCUACAGAUAUACAGGAGGCCACUGCUUUAGAAAUAGCAAAGGCCCUUAAAGCAAUAAUAACUCCAUAUAUGCUGAGGAGAACUAAAGCUGAAGUUCAAGAUUUCAUUCACUUGCCAGAGAAGAAUGAACAAGUCCUGUUUUGUGCACUUAGUCAGGAGCAGAAAGAUUUGUACAUGGGCUAUCUUAUGAGUGCAACAGUCCGUGGCAUUUUGGAUAAAGAAAGUAGGUUUGGAGAACCCCUGCGAGCAAGAAUUUUGGUUGCUCUGUCUACUUUGAGGAAAAUUUGUAACCAUCCAGAUAUUUACUUGUAUGAAGCAUUUGAUGAGACAGAAGAAAUUGAUCACCAGUCUUUUGGUCAUUGGAAAAGGUCUGGAAAGAUGUCUGUUGUUCAUUCAUUGCUUAAAAUAUGGCAAAAACAAGGACACAGAACACUUAUUUUUACCCAAUCAAGAGCAAUGUUGUGCAUUCUGGAACAGCAUUUACAGAAUUUUGAUUUUAAAUAUUUAAGAAUGGAUGGUAGUGUCAGUGUUGGUCAGAGACAAAGUUUAAUUAAAACUUUCAAUGAAAAUCCUGAAUAUUUAGUUUUUCUUGCUACAACAAGGGUUGGUGGUCUAGGUGUGAAUUUGACUGGUGCUGACAGAGUUAUAAUAUAUGAUCCAGAUUGGAAUCCAGCAACUGAUAAUCAAGCCAAAGAGAGAGCAUGGAGAAUAGGACAGCAAAGAGAUGUCACUGUGUACAGACUUUUAACAGCUGGUACUAUUGAGGAAAAAAUUUAUCAAAGACAAAUAUUUAAAAACUUUUUAAGCAAUAGAAUACUUGUGGAUCCCAAUCAAAAAAAUGUUCUCACAACCAGUACUUUACAGGGUCUUUUUACUUUAGAAGAACUCAAUUGUGAAGGAGACACAGAAACAGCAUCUCUUUUCAAACACACAAAAGUAAAUAUUAAUGAAAAAAAGAAGUCAAAAGUAAAAAAUGGUAACUCAUUCUCUAAAAAUAAGUUAGCAGCUAUGAGAAAGUUAGCAAAAGAAAUUAGUAAGAAAAUAUCAAAAUCAUGUGAAACUAAGAUAUCUAACCCAGAAGAUCCUAGAGAAGCUUAUAAGAAAAAAAGGGAUAUUCUUUUAAAUCCACCUGAAGUUGAAGAAUCAGAAACAAAAAAUACUCUAGAUGAUAAGGAAGUUAAUGUUCCCUUUGAAAAUGUCCUUUCUGAAUUAGACAUUGUAAACCAACAUGUUAAAAAAGAUUAUGAAGAAAAUUUAAUUAAUGAAGUGUUAAACAGUGAAAAGAUCGAGUCUGCAUCAGUACCUAAUAAUGACACUAUAGACACUGAAUUAGUUAAAGACAAAACUGUUCCUGAAGUUGGAGAUAAUGGAACUAUCACUGCCAAUACAUCACGAAAGAGAAAACAUUCCGAAGGCGAAACAGAAAUAGAAAAUCUGAUAGCUAUUAAGAAAGUAAAGCAUAAAAAGAGCAAAAAAGAAUCAGAAAUGAAAAUGAAUGAUGAUGAUUAUGUUUUAACAAAAUUAUUUGCUAAGGCUGGGGUUAAAAAUGCAUUACAACAUGAUGUUGUUGUGGGAUUGGCGGAAAAAGAAAAACGGCUUAGAAUGAAAGAAGAAGCUGUUUUGAAAGCUAAAAAAGCAGUAAAGGCGUUGAAAUUUUCGUCAUAA